AGCCGCUGCAAAGAACCAUGAUCGCGUGACUAUUCUUUCCGAUCCAAAUGAUUAUUCAACAUUUUUAUCCGAAUUAAAAAAGGAUGGUUGUAUAUCCGAAAAUUCGCGUAAAUUAUUUGCGUUAAAGGCUUUCAAUCACACUGCAGAUUACGAUGAAGCAAUUUCAAAUUAUUUUAGACAACAAUAUUCUAAAGAUAUUUCUCAACUUACUUUACGUUACGGUGCCAAUCCACAUCAAAAGCCUGCCCAAAUUUUCGUAAAAGAUGGCUGUCUUCCUAUACAGGUUUUAUCCGGUGCACCAGGCUAUAUUAAUCUUCUCGAUGCGUUAAAUGGCUGGCCAUUAGUAAAGGAACUUAAAGCUGCACUCAAUCUUCCAGCUGCUGCUUCUUUUAAACACGUGUCUCCUGCUGGAGCUGCCGUUGGUCUUCCAUUGGAUGAGACUGAAAAAAAGGUGUAUUUUGUGGAUGAUUUAAAAGAAUUAUCUCCUUUAGCUAAUGCAUAUGCUCGUGCUCGAGGGGCAGAUAGAAUGUCUUCCUUUGGUGAUUGGAUUGCUUUGAGUGACAUAGUCGAUGUCCCUACUGCUAAAAUUAUUUCGCGUGAGGUAUCCGAUGGUGUUAUCGCCCCUGGUUAUGAUGCUCAAGCACUUGAAAUUUUGCGUAAGAAGAAGGAGGGAAAAUAUACUGUAAUUCAGAUUGAUCCCAAUUAUGAACCUCCGGAAGUGGAAACUCGCCAGGUUUACGGAUUAUAUCUUCAACAAAAACGUAAUAACGUUCAAAUUGACCAGAAAUUAUUUGAAAAUAUUGUAACACGGAAUAAGAAUCUCCCGAAUUCAGCGGUCACCGAUCUUAUUGUUGCCACAAUUGCACUUAAAUAUACACAAUCUAAUUCUGUAUGUUACGCUAAAAAUGGUAUGGUGAUUGGACUUGGUGCUGGACAACAGUCACGCAUUCACUGUACGCGACUAGCUGGUGAAAAAGCCGACAAUUGGUGGCUUCGUCACCAUCCUAAAGUGAUUGCUUUCGAUUUUAAAAAAUCAACAAAACGAGCUGAAAAAA